UUCAAACCCAGACGGUAGAGGAACAUUUUAAACUUAUCCUAGAGGAUAACAGCGUGAUUGAUCCAAAUCUGCGCGAUGUAACAUCUAAUGAUCUCCCUGCCUGGUACAACAAAAAUAUAUAUAAAGGAGCUCAAAAUUAUUAUAAGCGGAACUCGCUGUCAAUAGUAGCGGCAAGCACAGUAGGACUUAUAAUAGUAUUUGCAGUGGAGACAAUACUAAAGGUACUCUUGUGCACAAAACGAAGUAGUUCGACCUGUUUGGCUUUUAAGAGAUAUGUAGAAACUCUGCAGCAUCUAUACAACAUAUCUACGUGCGAUCCAGCUGAUACCAAUUCCAAAUACUUAAUGGCUAUGUAAGACGCAACUUGUUCUUCUGAAACCAUUCACUUCUAAACAGCAUUGCAAUCAAAAUAUAAUAUCAAAAGAAUAAUUAAAUGUCUGUAAACAAA